GACGAACCUCUCGUUGACAUACACCUCACACUACCGUAACCUGAGACUUCACUCUACCGUCUCUCCCUCUCUCCUCUCUCUCUCUCUCUCUCUCUGAGAGAAACCUUCCGUACAGGCAACAGAGAAGAACGAUGUCGUACGUGCCUCCUCACCUCAGGAGCUUGGGCUCGACCGCCAGUACCACCGGAACUUCGUCUCUUACCCUAGACGCUGACCGGAGCAAGCUCUCCAAGUCCUCCACUGACUUUCGUCAAAGCUCACGUUCUCUCCGUCUCGCCGUUCCCGAACCCGUUUUCCCUCACUGGAAUCCCUCCGAACGUGUUCUACGCAUGAAGCCGGAACAGGUCGAAAACGUCCGUUUGCGGCUCAACGUUGAUGUUACUGUCGCUUUGGACUCCUCUCCCGCUCCUGCACCCGUUGAGUCUUUUACGGAUAUGUGUUUGGAUCCUAGCAUCAUGAAGGAUAUAGCAUUUCAUGAAUACACCACGCCUACUUCGAUUCAAGCUCAGGCCAUGCCAGUUGCUCUCAGUGGAAGGGAUUUGUUGGGUUGUGCUGAAACAGGAAGUGGCAAAACAGCUGCAUUUUCCAUUCCGAUGAUACAGCAUUGCCUGGCUCAAGCUCCAGUUCGCCGUGGUGAUGGACCUUUGGCAUUGGUACUGGCUCCUACUAGAGAGCUUGCCCAGCAAAUAGAAAAAGAGGUUAAAGCUUUUAGUAGAUCUCUUGACUCACUCAAAACUGCAAUAGUUGUGGGAGGAACAAACAUUGCUGAUCAGAGGUCUGAGCUAAAGGCAGGAGUGGAUAUUGUGGUCGCUACUCCUGGAAGGUUUAUUGAUCAUUUACAGCAAGGGAACACUUCCAUCUCUAGAGUUUCAUUUGUGGUUUUGGAUGAAGCUGAUAGAAUGCUUGAUAUGGGGUUUGAACCACAAAUUAGAGAGGUGAUGUGUAACCUUCCGGAAAAGCAUCAAACUCUGCUGUUUAGUGCAACCAUGCCUACAGAGAUUGAAGCUUUAGCGCAGGAGUACUUAACAAACCCUGUUCAAGUGAAGGUCGGAAAAGUAAGUAGCCCAACAGCAAAUGUAUCUCAAAUAUUGGAGAAGGUUCCUGACAGUGAGAAGAUUGAUAGGCUUCUAGAUUUGCUUGUAGAGGAGGCAACACAAGCUGAAAGAUCUGGUCAUCCGCUUCCUUUAACUAUUGUAUUUGUGGAAAGGAAGACAAGGUGUGAUGAAGUUGCUGAAGCUUUGGUAGCGCAAGGCUUACAUGCAGUUGCGCUUCAUGGUGGUCGCAAUCAGAGCGAAAGAGAGGCUGCUCUACGUGAUUUUAGGAAUGGCUCUACAAAAAUAUUGGUUGCUACCGAUGUUGCAUCUCGUGGUUUGGAUGUCACGGGAGUUUCUCAUGUUAUAAAUUUGGAUCUCCCCAAGACAAUGGAAGAUUAUGUGCACCGGAUUGGAAGGACAGGGCGUGCAGGAUCAAUGGGCCAAGCUACUUCAUUCUUCACCGAUCGUGAUAUGUUCCUUGUGGCAAAUAUAAAGAAAGCAAUUGCAGAUGUGGGAUCUGGGAACCCUGUGGCUUAUGCAACCGGAAAGGUUGCAAGAAGGAAGGAGAGAGAAGAAGCAGCUGCACAGAAAGAAGCAAGAACUGCCCUGUCCAAACUCUCACUGAUGGGACCCACUGCAAUAAGCAUCGAGGAUAAGUAUAAGUUCAUGAUCGCAGCCUCUAACAAUAAAAGAGAGGGAGCUGCAGAUAGUGCCUGGGAUGAUUGAUGCAGCAGCCCUUUAGUGCCCAUUUUUCAAAAAAUGAUUGAUAAUCCAAUGCUUGAGAGGUCCAAAGAUUCUUACAUUGGUUUGUUGCUUCUGGCUUUGGGGGAUUGAAGUGCAAAAUGAGCUAAAGAUUAGUUGCUUGUAAAGUGUCUGGGACUCUGAGAGUUUCGUUGUUUCUUACAUCAUGAAUGUCAUCUUGCAUUAGUAGGAAUGACAGAUGACUGGAAAUUUGUCUAAUUGAAGUAUAUGACAGAUGACUGGAAAUUUGUCUAAUUGAAGUAAAUUCUGUAAGAUACUUGGCAUCAUUAAGGGUAUAUCUGCCUUUGUACCUUCCCAAUAUUUUGUGUCCACGUGGGAUUCGUAUUUGAAUUGAUCAGAUUAAACUUUUGUAGAA